AUGGGCCUCACGAAAACCUACCUCCUCGCGUACAACGGCGCGCUCGCGUUCGCGUGGGCGCGCGUCCUCGUCCUCGCGUCGCUCGCGCUCCGCGACGGCGGCCACCGCGCGGUCUACGACGCGGUCGCGUCCCCGCUGCUCGUCGCGCAGACCGCGGCGGUGAUGGAGAUUCUACACGCGAUGACCGGCAUCGCGCGCUCGCCCGUGCUCGUCACCGCGAUGCAGGUGUCCUCGCGUCUGAUGGUGGUCUGGGGCGUCCUGCACGUCGCGCCGCCGUCGCGCGUGGCGACGUACGUGAUCCGAUACGGCUUCUACUUCCUGAAGCUCGUCGACGCGCUCGAGACGCCGAUCGGGAGGUUCGUGAACUGGGCGCGGUACACGUUCUUCCUCGCGCUGUACCCGCUGGGGGUCGCCAGCGAGCUGUGGCUCGCGUGGAGCGCCGCGGCGUACGUGAAGAAGCGCGGCGUGCUCUCGUACCCGAUGCCGAACCCGUGGAACGUGUGGAUCGACUGGCCGAGCGUCACGGCGAUGUUCUUCGCGGGGUACGUCCCGGGGUUCCCGAUGCUGUUCGGGUACAUGCUGAAGCAGCGGAAGAAGGUGUUAUCGCCCGCGGGGAAGAAGACGAAGACGGCGUGA